AUGGAGUACAUUGUAGCUAUGAAUGGUGGAGAUGGCCCUAACAGCUACACCCGGAAUUCCAAGUUACAGGAAGAGUCAUUCAAUAGCACAAAACCACUGCUAAUUGGGUGCAUAAGAGACAAUCUUGACAUACAUAAAAGUUGCAAAGUUUUCAGAAUCGCAGACCUUGGAUGCUCAGUAGGCCCUAACACUUUUUCAUGUGUUAACACCAUAGUACAAGAAGUGCAGCUCAAGUUCAAUGCUGAAUUUCCAGGAUUCACCAGCCUCCCCAAGUUUCAAGUUUUCUUUAGUGACACCUUUAGCAAUGACUUCAACACCCUAUUCAAUGCUCUUCCUGCGGAUAGGGUGUACAUGGCAGCUGGAGUUCCUGGCUCUUUUCACGGGCCAUUGUUCCCAAAAGGGUCCAUGAAUUUCAUGCACUCUUCUUGCUCUUGUCAUUGGAUUUCUGAAGUUCCUAAAGAAGUACUAACAAAGGACUCCAGGGCUUGGAACAAAGGCAGAAUAACUUACGUCAGAAGUUCUUGUGAAGUCAAAAAGGCUUUCUCAGCUCAGUUUAGGAGCGACUUCAAAGCUUUCAUAGGUGCAAGAUCUGAGGAACUAGCGCCUGGAGGGUUGAUGGUCAUAUCCAUCCCUUGCAAGACUGAUGAAUCUGAUUUCAUCAUGGAUUUGUUCGAUGUCUUGGGAGACGCAUUUGCUGACAUGGUUCAUGAGGGCCUGGUAGAGGAAGAACUUCUCGACUCGUUCAAUAUACCAUUCUGUAUACCGAAACCGUCUGAGGUGAUUAAAGUAGUCUCCAGUGAUGAGCAUUUCAAUAUUCUCAAGGUGGAGCAAUCAUUUGUGACAGCAAAGCUGAGUUCUGCUGAAGAAAUUAUGUUUUACACUUCUCAAAUUAGAGCAGUAACAGAAGGCCUUAUAAACAAGCACUUUGGACCAAAUAUUCUCAUGGAUGACCUCUUUGAUCGAUACUGCCAUAAGCUCAAAGAAUUCUCAACCCGGUUUCAAAAUAUUGAAAAGUGGGGAACUCUUUUCCUAGCUGUUAAGCGAGUGAUCAUGAAAGAUGAACUCAUUCAGACAAGUAGCGAAGCAUGA